AGUUGUAUUGCUCGCUUUCCUUCUUUCCGAAAGCGAGAAGCCGAGAACCAAUAUAAUGGCUCUUUUCGUUCUCUCUCUCACUUGUGGGUCUCCUUAAGUUGUAAGCUAACUUGCUCACGAAGGAGACACUGACCUGUUGCAGUGUUAUUUAUACUUUCCUCUCUCACUACUUUUUGCCUGACGCUUUUCAUCAACCGUUUGAAAUUGCAGAGUAAGAGAAUAAGGCUUGGAGCUUUCUCAGGCAAUCUUGGCACUGAUAUCAUCAUGGACAGCAAGGUGGUGGAAGAAUUAGUGAAUGAAUCCUAUAACGAAGAGCAACCUCAGUAUAUCCCACCUGAAUUGGUCAAUAGAUUUUCACACAUUGAUGGCAAUACAGUGUAUCACUGCUAUUUAAUAGAGUUGAAACAAGACUUUACCAAUGAUGUUUCUACUAGCGAUGUUAUUCUUGCCACAAGGUGUGAGCUUGAUCCAGAAGUUAUUGGGUUAAUGGAAUUUAAAAUGUGUACUAACCGAGGGAGCCUAGCAGUAAAGUUUAAUUACAUUGGAAUAAAAAAUCUUGGCCUAAAUGAGGUUCUUUUGUGCAGAAGAUUCCAGGUCGCUGUGUUUGGGAUUCUUUCUGGCUAUGAUAUGGCUAAGUUGACAGACAUUUUAAAUGAACUCUGUUUGGAAGAUGAUCUUGAGGUUGAUUAUCUUCUUCUUCCAUUCACUACCACACAUCAAAGACCUUUCACCAUUGACUGGCCUUCAUCUCAAGAAGGUUGCAACAAUCAUAUUGCAAAUGCAUACACUCAAGAUGGCCUUGUUUGUUCCUGUGAACUUGAAAAUUCAUUGGUCUAUACUCCUCAUAAUGGUCAUUUUUAUAUCAUUACUGGUAUAAUGGAAUUGGAUGGGAACUCUCGGCUAAGACAAAGGAAUGGCGAAGCAAUUACAUACAAAAGAUACUAUGAAGAAAAGUAUGGAAUUCAAUUAUGUUUUGAAAACCAGCAGCUAUAUAAUGGAAGGCAUAUAUUUCAAGUGCAAAAUUACCUACUCAAAAACAGACAAGUGAAGAAAAGAGAAUCAACCAGGGCUUCAGUUGAACUGCCUCCUGAACUGUGCUCUAUUGUUAUGUCACCCAUAUCAGCCAGUACAAUAUAUUCAUUAUCAUUCAUUCCACCAAUAAUACAUCGUCUUGAGUCAUUGCUUGUGGCUUCCAACUUGAAAAAGAUGUGUAUGCAAAAUGAUAUUCCAACAGACAAGAUCUUGGAAGCAAUUACUACAAAGGAAUGUCAAGAAUCAUUUGACUAUGACUUGCUAGAGACUCUUGGAGAUUCUUUCCUUAAAUAUAUUACUUGUCAGCAUCUUUAUCAAACUUAUCCAUUUGAUCCUGAAGGUCCCCUUACUGAGAAGAAGAACAAGAUGAUAUCUAAUGCCUCUCUUAGUAGGCUAGGGUGCAACUCUAAACUUCCGGGCUUCAUACGAAGCAGACCUUUUGAUCCAAAGAAAUGGAUUAUACCAGGAGAUAGGUCUAGAAAUGUUACUUUGAAAGAGGAAUUGGUCUCUGAUAUGACAAAAAUGUAUGUUGGUGGGAACAGAAAAAUGAAAUAUGAAAUAAUUGCUGACGUUGUUGAAGCCUUGAUUGGGGCUUUCCUCAGCACAGGUGGAGAGAAAGCUGCUUUGAAGUUUAUGGAUUGGAUUGGAAUAAAAGUGGAAUUUGAAAUAACGCCUAAUAAGAGGCUUUUAAACAUAGAUCCAGAGAGACUUGUCAAUGUCAGAUUUCUGGAAUCCUUGUUAAACUACUCAUUCAAUGACCGUUCCCUCUUGGUGGAAGCUCUCACCCAUAGCUCUUACAUACAGCCAGAAAUUCCAACAUGUUAUCAGCGACUAGAAUUUCUUGGGGAUUCUGUGUUGGAUUUUCUCAUCACUGAGCAUCUCUACAAUAAAUAUCCUGGCCUGUCUCCAGGGUUGUUGACUGACAUGAGGUCUGCUUCCGUAAAUAAUGAUUGUUAUCCUCAGUUUGCCAUUAAGGCUGGGUUACACAAACACAUAAUCCAUUCCUCUCAAGAAUUAGAGAAGAAUAUUGUUAAAGCGAUAAAUAAGUUUGAAGAGUCAUCUACUAAACCAACUUUUGGAUGGGAUGCAGAGACAUAUUUUCCUAAGGUACUUGCAGACAUUAUAGAGUCUCUAGCUGGAGCAAUUAUGGUUGAUUCAGGGUUCAACAAAGACAUUGUGUUCAAAAGCAUCAUACCUUUAUUGGAACCUUUGGUAACACCUGAAACUGUACCGAUUCAACCUGUUCGUGAAUUGCAUGAACUCUGCCAAAAACAAUAUUAUAAAUAUAAGAAGCCAUUGGUUUCCAGAAGCAAUGACUUGACUUGUGUCACAGUUAGGGUUCUAGCUAAUGGGAAAAUUUAUGAGAAAACCUCUAAAGCUCCCAAUGGGGACAUGGCUGAAAAACUAGCUUGCAAGGAACUUAUGACUUACUUGAAGAAAAUCAAUAAUGUAUGAAGACACAAGGAAGUGGAUACACGUAAUAUGUAUUCUACUAAUAUUGCAUCAUUUGAAGAGAUCUGGCAAGGAAAGUCUUGUGAUCAUAUAGGCUUCUAAUAUUUGGUAGAUUUUUAUGUACUCUUGUUUGUGAUAUGGUGUGAUAUCCAUUUCCCUUAAUCUGCUAUUUAGCUCUUCACUCGGUGCCUUUCUUUCUUGUAAUAUUGUUACUUUUUAGAUUUCACU